AUGAGCCAUGCUUCCUCACAGAACUCCCUCGCAUCGACUCACAAUGGAGAUAAAGUGCUACCGAAGUUUAAAAUGUCACCAGGUGAUUCCGACUCGGAUCUCUCCUCCAUGGUCUCCGCUCAGACGACGACGACGGAUCCACUGGGCGAUAGUCGUUCUAUUGUCACGCCGCCUCACCUGCCGUCCACCUUGGUGCACAAUCCCGUGCGCGGUAAAUUGCUGUUUGUGUCGUCUACAUCGUCCUCCGAAGUUAGCGUAAACCAGCGAACUGAGCAGUCGGGCCUGAAGGACGCCCGUUUCACGUGGUCUGUGGUGCCUCCUCUACCUCUACUUUCGGUCAGUUUUGAUGGCUUUCCUCAACAAGUUUUUGAAGACGAGAUCCACAGCCUUCGGCUCAACCUCACAAACAGUGGCCUUGAGCCACUCAGAAAUGUCCGCUUUAUUUCCUCCUGGCCCGGCUUCUUCGUUUUUGCUACAAAGCACAUCGGCUCCAUGGUUCGUUUCAGAUGGCAGUUUUGCUCUGAGAAUAUCUGA